CUGUGUUUGGACGUCCAAGAGGAAUACUUUGUGCUACCUGAACAUUUCCUAAACAAAAUCGUCUUUUUUAAAUACUUUUUGGAGCCCCUACUCCUGUAAUCCCAUUAGAUUUGUUUCUCAAAGGAAAGUUCUCUCCAUGAAAUUCCAGUACUCCGUGCGCAAUAGCACUUGAUCUCGGCGGGAGGAAGCGGACGAAGGGAAGAUGGCCAUCCACGCCGAGGGUCUCGUGGCUAUUGUGAUCUUCUACCUCCUGAUUCUGUUUGUGGGGAUCUGGGCCGCGUGGAAGAACAAGAACUCCGGUGUUGGCGAUGGCGGAGAUCGGAGCGAGAGCAUUAUGGUCGGAGGAAGGGACAUAGGGUUAUUCGUUGGUGGAUUCACAAUGACCGCUACUUGGGUGGGUGGGGGCUACAUUAAUGGGACAGCAGAGUAUGUCUACCUUCCAGGCUGUGGACUGGCCUGGGCACAGGCCCCCUUUGGUUAUGCUCUCAGCCUGGUAGUAGGUGGCCUUUUCUUUGCCAAACCCAUGCGUUCACGCGGAUACGUCACAAUGCUGGAUCCCUUCCAGCAGCUGUAUGGAAAAAGGAUGGGCGGCCUACUCUUCAUCCCCGCACUCAUGGGGGAAAUCUUCUGGUCUGCAGCCAUUUUAUCUGCCCUGGGUGCCACUCUGAGUGUGAUCGUGGACAUAAACAUCAACAUGUCAGUGGUGAUCUCGGCCAUGAUAGCUAUCUUCUACACACUUGUUGGGGGACUCUACUCUGUGGCAUACACAGAUGUAGUCCAGCUCUUCUGUAUCUUUUUGGGCUUGUGGAUCAGCGUGCCCUUUGCAAUGUCCAAUCCUGCUGUGUCAGACAUCAGUGUUUCAGCCAGGGAAGAAAUCUACCAGUCGCCCUGGCUGGGGACGAUUGAGUCUGAAGACACAUGGCUCUGGGUGGACAACUUCUGUUUGCUGAUGUUGGGGGGAAUUCCCUGGCAGGUCUAUUUUCAACGGGUUCUUUCUGCCUCUUCAGCUACCUAUGCCCAGGUCCUUUCUUUCCUCGCUGCCUUCGGCUGCCUGGUCAUGGCCGUCCCCUCUGUCCUCAUAGGAGCUAUAGGGGCCUCCACUGACUGGAACCAGACUACUUACGGGUCCCUCCCUCCAAAGGAUAAGGAUGAAUCAGACAUGAUCCUUCCCAUAGUGCUUCAGCACCUCUGCCCACCCUAUAUCUCCUUCUUUGGUCUUGGGGCAGUGUCGGCUGCAGUGAUGUCGUCGGCAGAUUCAUCCAUACUCUCAGCCAGCUCAAUGUUUGCCAGGAAUAUCUAUCAGCUUGCCUUUCGGCAGUCGGCCUCAGAUAAUGAAAUUGUUUGGGUGAUGCGCUGCACCAUCUUUGUGUUCGGAGCUCUUGCCACUGCUAUGGCAUUGUUAACAGGAUCGGUCUACGGCCUGUGGUACCUAAGCUCAGACUUGGUCUACGUCAUCAUCUUUCCCCAACUUCUCAGUGUGUUAUUCGUCAAGGGCACCAAUACCUAUGGCUCUGUGGCUGCCUAUGUCUUUGGUCUUGUGCUACGCAUUGGUGGAGGGGAGCCCUACCUCAAACUUCCUCCCUUCAUCUACUACCCUGGUUGGGUGAAUCAGAAGAAAGUUCACCACCUCACUGGGGAGGAGGAGCACUUCAUCCAGCAGAGGUUCCCGUUCAAGUCUGUGUCGAUGGUGGCAUCUUUCUUGGCAAAUGUCGCCUUUUCUUACCUGACAAAGUAUCUAUUUGAAAGCGGUAUGUUGUCACACAAGUACGACUUCCUGGAUGCCGUGGUGUCCAAGCAUAGUAAGGAGAUCAUGGACAAAGCCACGCUGGUCGGCAACCAUGAUAACAUCAAUCUUUCAGAGAUGGCGCCCGUCACACAGGCCCUGGGUGGGUCACUCGCUGGGACAUUCACCAACACUGAGGUCCUCAGUGAUGAUGGAGCUUCUAGUCCAGAGGCUUUUCACAAUGAAAACUAGGCAACAAAGGCACAAAGAACCAAGGAAUUUAAAGAAGAAGGGAUAAUCAAAGAGGCAUCGACCAAAUUAACAAAAAUGUGCUGAGGCUUCCGAGUUAUUCCACAACUUUGUUUUACACUGAUGACAUGGUGCCUCCUUCUUUUUUAAGAUCCCUUGCCAGAACCAGGAGGUUGACCGUCAAUCAGCUGUGUCAAGCAUACCAUACUCAUCGUUUUUUAAUCAUGACUCUGUGAAUCUACAACCAUUACAACCUGUUUAAUUUAAGUGCUGCUACGGUGAUCGAGGGACUUUCAGGGGAAAACUGCAGUAGACAUACACUAUGUGACGCCAUCUAUAAGAGUUUGCUGUGAGUAAUGAAAAUAGUGCAAUAUCUAACCAAGACACUAUGUCCAUGAGUAUAUAACCGUAUGCGUGUGUGUGUGUGUGUGUGUGUGUGUGUGUGUGUGUGUGUGUAUGUGUGUGUUCAUGUACAUGCACAUGUGUACACGUGACAACAAAGCAGCAUCAAGUGAAUGCUCCAGAAACCUUUCAGAGUUUAGGUUUUAAAUUUGCGUAGAGGAAUUUUAUUAAUAGAGCAAUAAUAUUUUUAAGAUCUAUGUUGUAUAGAUACAUACGUUGUACUGUCAUUGUUUUUAACUUGAAGACCAAUAGAUACUUCUUCUUUUUUUUUCUUUCUUUAUGUUGCGUGUUUAUCUUGCACUUAAUCCUCCUUUCAUACUCACUUAUUCCUUGCAUACUCACUUAAUAUGUCCUUACCCUUGACUUGCAAAACUAAAGGCUAUUAUUGGAUGAUUCUGCAAGACCUCAGAUUACGUUCAGUCCUAACAUUUUUUAAUGUUCACUGCCAACAUUUCUAAAAAGAAUUAUUCCUACAAUAUACCCAUACCCAUAUAUACAUAAUCUGAUGAAUGUAAAUCCAACAUUCAAUCUCUUUUAGCUCUGUUUUGUUCUCCACCAACUGCUGAGGGAAAUAUCUGACUCAUUAGCCUCAGAAUACUCCACUGUGUUCACCAACUGGUUGCUAACUAUGCCAGAUAGUGUGUAGUGGAACCAAGGUUGAUGAGAGCAAUGAGAGUGAACCAAAAAACGAAAAUGUGAGCCAGAAAAGCCAAAACAAUGAGCUGAAAGACACUAAAACAGUCUGUGGAGCUGAGUCAGGUGACAGUUUUAAGUCAUUUGGUACUCAAUUAGUAUUUCAUCCAAUUUAUAAAAUGAAAAUAUUGAUUUCAGCAGCUUCAAGAAAAAAUAAUGACCACAGUUAAACAUAAAGUCCUCAUGAACUGUUCAUAUAAGAUGGGAUACAAACACAGCUCUGUGGUGUCAAAGUCAAACACAUUAAACAACCUCCAGUGGUAAAAGUGCAGAUUUCAAGGUAAUGAAAGCUUGCACUGGAUGUAAAACGUGUACUGCAGAAUCAUCACAAACAUUAUGAAUGUAAUUCCAUAGGAACCUCGGCUUUCAUUACACAAAUUCAAAUAUCUGACAUAAAACUAGAUUUUUGAAUGUUUUUCCUGUAAUCCGUCUGCCAUUGCCUUCCAUUCACUGCCGUAAGUUGUGAAAAUCAGUCUGCAAUCGUAGUUUUUGUGUGAUUGUGUGGUACAUCUUUGAAUAAAUGUGCGUUUACAACUAACAAUAAAAGCACGUAUGAUGCUUACAUGUUCAUAUAUAAAUGAAUGGAACCCAAUGGCAGACUGGAAAGUCAUUCAGAGAUUUCAAAAACACUACAGUAAGCUUCGAUUGGUAUUAAUGUGCAUUGCUAUCAUUUUAAAGGACUGAUAAAGGCCUUUAAAACAAUCUCACAGAAGAUAUUUUUGAAAUACAUGUGUGUAUGUGUGUGUGAUGGUUUGUUUGGUCGUACUAAACCUGUAUUGACUGGCCAGCCACAGCAGGUUAGUGGAGACAGGAAAUGAUUGUUCCUCCCAGGAUGGUGUUAGUAGCACCAGUCAUUAUCGAUCCAAUCCCCAGUUGAUUAGCCCUCAGGACAUUUGAUUUAUGCUGCAAAGAGGUUUGAAACUACGGUUCGUCAGGGGUUGUUUUACAGUGUGUUAUAUUCAAUGAAGAAAUGAUACUGAUUGAGCAGCCUCAUACAUACAGUAGGUCAGGCACACUGCUGCUCAGUGUAAGGAGAAUCAAGCAAAGGAGUUUGUCACUUUAUACAGUGAUUUUUGUCAUUGUUAAGUGUUGCUAUUGUCCAGUUGACUAUUCUGUGUUUAUCUCCUCUCGGAAUUGUUGUGGUUUGUUGGUGUCGUUUUGAAUCUAUGGACUCGCCUUAAUUCAAAGGUCAGCUGUGAGAAAUGACUGAGUUUGGAACACUAAAAAGUGGCCCAUUUUAUAGAAAUCAUUUUUCAAUUAAGGGAUAAGGCUAGUGAUAUUCUAUAUUUAAUUUAUUGUCAACAUUUAAGACCAAAACCAACAAUGUGUUCUUCCCUACCCAAUCUAUGGCACUGGCUUUGUAAGGCAGAGGGACUCGCAAGGUAAUUCACAGAACCACGAGAAUCCAUCCUGUCAGUGCUAUGCACUUGUGUCCUAUUGGUGUUCGGACCAAUCAGUGUUCAACCAAGUGCAACUGUUCAGUAAUACAACAAUGAUGACUCCUGUAGGGGUUAGCGCAGAUGCUGCUGUAGCAUUAGUUUUAUCACAACUAGAGAGUUGUACCUGGAGAAAAAAAAACUGCACUGAAGGGUUUCCUUGAUGGAUCUUCUUUGGACUUGCAAUUCAAUUCACCUGUAAGGUCUAAACCUGCUCCAUAUAGAGUGUACUCUAAAAUAUUAUUUACAGAGACUCAACAAUUCCCACUAUGAACAAGCACUUGUUGAUGCUGGAAAGGAAAAAUGUCUUGCUGGGUAGAAACCUAAAGCACCACCCAGCUUAUGGUGAUCGGUUGAGUUUAGAUCUGAUCUGAUUGGUUGAAGUUAGCCUGUUACAGACAGUGAUAGACAGAUGGCCAAUCCAAUCACCUGCCUAGUAUUUUUUGAAAGUGCCUGCCAUUUUCCCAACAAGACAACUUCUGAGAUGGUUCAAACCAACCGGCGGAGUCAGGUUAAUUCAUUCCUACUGCAGAUGUAAAUCUUUAAAAAUGGCUCAUAGUGUCAAGUUUGUUAAGGCAGAACAAUGUCAGAAAUAUGUUACUCAAAGAGGAGUAAGUAGUGCAAUUUGUAGGGGAUUAUGUUCACAUGCAUAUUAAUAGAUAUUAGGUGUUGUAUUGAGUAUUUACUAUUAUUAGUAUUAACUAAGAAAUAUGUCAUCCAAUGAAAAGGUGCUCAAUGGCACAGAGAAACAAGGCUUCACAGACAAUACAUGUCAGUGAGAUCAGUCCAUUGUUGGUUUUGGUCUUUUCAAGGGAUUUGGUGACAAUAAAAAAAAUCUAGUGUAACACCAACCUUAUACUUUAAGGUGGCAAGACGGCCUUGUAGUUAGUCUUUAGAGUAAGGGGACCUGAUCCCCGUAUGCAGCCAUAUCUGCUGAGGUACAGUAAGACACAGUAAAUCCCACCCUGAUCCUGUCUCAUCUCUAAAACAUUAAUAACGGUUGUAGGAUUUAUGACUUGACACGUCAGCUUCAAACUGAAUGGGGGUGACUGCUGGUCUGAUGCUAUGCAAAGUGUCAGGCGAUUUCAUUUGACUUAAAUGUGAAUGUAAACUUUCCUCCUCAUCAGAUAAGCCUCAUAAUGAGUGUGUCGUAGCUUAGGUUCACUCACAAACCUGAACGCACACAAAAAAGAAUCAAUGCCAGCUACCGAACUGGCACAUUUGUGGCUAUAUGUCGUAAAUUGCAAUGAUGCUGUAUUUUUGUGUGAUAAAUGUAUAUACCAAAAAAGAAACAUAGGAACAAAUUAGUCUACUUUUAAUGCAGCAUUAAAUGAUGUUUGUUGACAGUGAAAUUACAGCUAUUUAUAUAUUCUAGUGUCUAUAAGAGUAUAGAGUUGUAAACAUAUGUGAGGUCAGUUGAAUAAAUUAUAUGA